ACCAUUUGUACAGCUGCUAUCGAUAGUAUCGACAUUAUUUUUGCAGCUCUACUGGCAGAAUCUACGGAGAAAAAGUAAAAACGUAUAAAAACCAUUAAGUGCAUAUAAAUCGCGCAAGUGACUUGUGGAAAGCAUUCCACUAUUUUAACAUGGAUGAAGGCAUAGCGUUGAAACAAGGAACAGACAAACGCAUGGGCACAACGUUGGAUGACGGUCCGCCCGGCGUGGAUGGCAACGAUGCGAGUGAAAAAAACGAGGCGGCAGCAGCCGCAGCGCCCGCGCCCCGCAAAACCAAGUCGACCUCCCGUCGACGCUCAACAUCCCGACGUCGGUCAAGUUCGCGCCACGCUACAUCACCGCCACCCAUUCGUCGUAGGCGCUCGCAUACGCGAUCACCGACGCCGCCGCCACCGUCUCGUCGGGGACGCUACGAUUCACCGGACUAUGGCCGAUAUCCGGCACGACGUCGCUUUGACCGCCGACGCUCACCAGAUCGUGAUCGCGAUCGUCGACGCUCGCCACCGCGUCGUGGUCGACGUGACAGGUACGGCAGAUCCCGGUCGCGCUCGCGCAGCGCCUCACCACCAAGGCGAGGGAGCGGUCGUGGGGUUAGUCCAACGUCUCGAUGGUCGCCCAAGAAGAAGCCAUCUUCGCCGCCGCUGACAGCACAGGCAGUGCAACAGUUGCCGCAUCCUGUUCAAGCCGCUGCUUACGGUGUCAUGCCGGCGGCAAUGUAUGGCCAAGCAGCUUAUGGCGCGCCGGAUGUGUACGGACAUCAGUACAACAUGGCCCCAUCGAAUGCCUUCCCGCCGGCGGGACCUCCGCCUGGAUAUGCCAUGCAGGGCCCACCACCCACACAGACUGCCGGCUUCAAUUCAGGCUACGGCGCCUGGGGCGUAAAUGAAUAUGGACAGCAAGUUUGGCUGCCGCAGCCGCUGGCCAAUGUAACUGCAGCGACACCUGAGCCUCUGGCAGCCCAGCAGGUUGCGCUGGCGGUGCCAGGAGCACAUCAGCAGCAGCAGCAGCCACCGCCAGUAAUUAUUGAGGAGCAACCAACUCCGGCGCUUGAGAGCGCAGGUAUGCCACCACAGGACGCUGUGGCGCAGGAGGCGGAGAAUCAAAAGGAAGAGCUGAAAAAACAACGAACCAACUAUGUGAAGAAGGUGUCGCUGCUCAAGAAGGAAAUGAAAGUGUUAAAGGAGCAACGCAACGAUCUGACAGCUGGCGAUGCGCCACCAUCGCCAACCACAAAGAAUUUCAUUGAGGAAAACGAUCGCCUGCAGGUGCAAAUCAAAAAGAAACUGGACACUAUAGAGAACGUCAUAGAUAUGUUGAACGGCAUCAUUGGCGACGAAGAAGCCGACGAGGAACCAGAGAUCAUGCCAAAGAAAGAGCCGGAGCCACCAAUUAUUAAAUUAGCUCAACCAACUGCUUCUGCGGCCUCCACUACAAGCGAUAGCUCUGAUAGCUCGGAUUCCAGCUCAUCCUCGAGCAGCUCAUCGGAGUCAUCCACAGAGGAUGAGGAGAACGGCACUGGCGAUGGCAGUCCCACUAAUCGCCUCAAGAAUCGCGCAAUCAAAACAAUGAAAGCCAAACAGCGACAGAUUGCACCUCCAGCUAAACCGGCUGCGCCACAAGCCCAAAACUACAAUUAUGUAUUCUUUGAUCCGGAACAGCAUUGGUGUGAGAGCUGCAGCGUGUUCCCAAAAACGGCACGUGAUUAUUUAAAGCAUUUGCAUGCAGAAGAGCAUAUGAAUAGGGAGACCAUGGAAACGCCCUGGCAUGUGGGCAUCGAUCAUGAUCCCUAUCCCACCUUCGACAAGGCGCCUAUUAAGCGUGUCCCCGUACGUGGCCUACAAUUUCUAGUGCCCGCCAGUGCCUGGUACUGCAAGUUGUGCUGCGUUUGGAUUGGCGAUUUGCACUGCGCCUCUGCGCAUCUCAAAUCUCGCACGCACGCCAAUCGAUAUGACUUGUUUAUGAAAAAGCAACCCAACUACGAGAGCGAAUGGCUAAGCAAACGUGAACGCGCGCAGCAGCAGCAAAAGGAGAGCGAAGAGGCCAAGCUCAAGAAGGCCAAGAAGGAGGAAGACAAAACCUCAAAGAAGCGUAAGAAGAAGAGCAGUGAGAAGAAGAAAAAAAAGCACAAGCAUGGCAAGAAACACAAACGUAAUGCGAAUGCUGCGAACAGCACAUCCACUUCAACGGACAGCACCUCAUCGGAUGAGGCGGAUGAGGUGCAGCAACCAAAGAAAGGACAUGUCACAGCGGAUGGUGCGUCUGCCCCCAAUGCAGCCUCAAUACGAGUCGCCAUGCGUAAACAGGAUGCUAAUGUGCUGGACAAAGCGGAGGCGACGCCACUAGUGGUGCCGCCGCCACCGCCGUUCAUUAAGGAUGUUGUAAAAGAUACAGUGGAGCGCGGUAAAUGGACACCUGCCAGUAAUGAUGUAAAAGAGAAGGAGGAUGAUCUGAAGAAGCGCGACGAUGUCAUGAUGCAGCAAUGGAACACACUGCAGCCAGUUAUAAGCGAGAGUGAGAAGAAGCUGCUCGAACAGCUCAAGGGCAAGCUGAAGAGCAAGACGAGGCCGGCGGAUGAAAAUCGAAAUUCAACUGCUGCAGCUGAUGAAAAGUCACGGCGUCCCGCCUCCAAGCGAAGCAGUCCAUCCCCACGCAGUGGCAGCCGCGGACGUACCGACCGCGAUCGGCGCGACCGGGAGCGUGAUCGCGAUCGUGGCCGUGAACGGGACCGUGAGCGGGACCGUGAACGUGAUCGCGAACGCGAUCGUGAUCGGCGCCGUUCACGCACCCGCUCGCGCAGCCGCGGUCGAAGACGCAACUCACGCUCGCCUAUGCGCGGCGGGCGACGCAGUCGCUCACGUGACGGCCGUUGGCGUCGGAGUCGCAGUCGCAGUCACACUGAGGAGCGCGUUGAGCGGCCAGUGGUCAAGCCAGCCGAGUUCCGGCCGCGUACAUUGCCCGAGCGCAAGCAGAACGAUGCCAAACGUGACAAAAAGGACACGGCGGUGAAGCCAAAAGUGGCCAAGAGCAAUACAAGCACAGCAGCCAAUACGGGCAAGAAGUUGCCCUUCAUUGGCAAAAUGCCAGUGCUGAAGAAGCAGCCAGCUGCUGCGCCGAUUGCCGGCUACAGUGAUCCAAGCGCCUACACCAAUGGCGGCACCAUGGACAAUAUACCAGUGGGGCCACCACCACCACCGCCUCCACCUAUGGCCAUGGCGAACACUGCGCGCCAGAAUGCGCCGACAGCGGCCCAAAUCCAAAUGGCGAUGAUGGAGGAUGCUUUUGGCAAUGCGCCACCUUUUCAUCCCGAUGCCGGCAUGAUGAUGGACUAUGAUGAGCUGAUGCCCGAUCCAGUGCAGUUUGCCAAUUUAAUGACACAUUGCCCGCCACCGCCGCCGCCUGGCGACAGUUCAAAUGCCGUUGGCAACGAGGGCCUGAAUGCAGAUCAGCUGGCGAGCGAGGACAAUGGUGAGGAGGACGUUUUACCUCCAGGCAUUGAUGAGGCCGAAACGGAUCUGGUGCCCCAACCGUUGGUAGCGGCGAAAGCUACACGCGACGGUGAGCUGCCCAAGGAUCUGGCGGAGGCGCUCGACAUUAUAUUCCCAGCGGAGAGACCAGCGGACGCCGAAUCCGAUGAGACCAACCAUUUACCGGCCGUGCCGCAAACUAUAACCACCAUUGUGGAGGAUGAGCCUGUGCUAGACGAACACAAUCUACAGGAUUUGGCCAAGCAGGGUAUACAUCUGGUAUCCAUUGAGGAAACGACGUCAAGCUCAAUGCCAGCCUCCAUAAUUGAUGACGCGGCCAAAUCAAACGAUUCGCCCAUGCAAAUAAGCGCAGAUGAGUCGUCCCAGGGUGGCUAUCCACAAGCGAAUGGCAGCGCGGAAAACCAAAUUCCACACACAAUCAGCCUGAAACAGGUGGUGGCGCAAGACAUACCCAUGCCUGGCUCACCGCCAGCUGACCCCAUUGAAGAGGUCAAGGCCAAAACCGAGGAACUGUUUAAUGUCGGCGACAUUCCCCAACCACCCGACUCGCCCACAGACAGUGAGAAGUUGAGACGCCAGGCGGAGCUGGAUGAGUUGGCUAUGCUGGGCAUUGACAGCAGCGACAUGGCGGCACAAUGUAUGUAG